CGGAAGCACAUUGGUAUGCAGUUGACAUUAGAAUUCGCGACCUGUUGUGAAAUUUGACGUUGGCAUUUAUCUUGUAAUUAAGAAUUGUUUGACAAUGGAUGCGAUUGAAGGACAAUUUGAUGAUGUAGAUGAUUGUGUCCAAAAUGUUGAAAAUAUGUUGAUUGAAGUUGGUAUAAACAAUGAAAAGAAUGUUGAUAAGUUGAUUGAUAAUACUGGAACAGUUGAAGAUUAUGAUGACUAUGAUGAUGAUGAUGAUGAUUAUUAUCUUGAUUGGAUGGAUGAAAAGGGAGAUUUCACAAAAAAGUACCAUUCUUCAAACAUGGGUAAUUCACAGACAGGAGUUUCUCAUGCAAAUCAACAGAACAAAAACAAGGGGCAGUUUCAGCCAAAUGAUAAAGUUCUAAGAAAAUAUAUUGAUAAAAUAAAUGUUGAGAAGUACACUGGUGGACGCCUUACAAGUUCUGCAUCAUCAGCACUUACAUCCAAGGGAAAACGUUUAGAUGAUACAAGGUAUCGUGGGAAAGAUAAAUCUGAUAGGGCUACUGCAGAGCAGGUUAUGGACCCUCGUACCAGAAUGAUCUUGUUUAAGAUGCUGAGUCGUGGUGUUAUAACAGAGGUCAAUGGGUGCAUCAGUACGGGGAAGGAGGCCAAUGUCUACCAUGCCACAUCGAAAGAUGGCUCUGACAGGGCAGUUAAGGUGUAUAAAACAUCCAUAUUGAUUUUCAAAGAUCGAGAUAAAUAUGUCAGUGGUGAAUUCAGAUUUCGUCAUGGUUACUGCAAACACAAUCCACGAAAAAUGGUGAAAACGUGGGCAGAAAAAGAAAUGCGCAAUCUGAUAAGAAUACAUCAAGCUGGAAUUUUAUGCCCUGAACCUAUAAUACUUCGCAGUCAUGUCCUGGUCAUGGGUUUUAUUGGGACAGAUAGUUGGCCUGCUCCUCUUCUUAAAGACAGUGACAUCAGCGAGUCCAAGGCUAGAGAAUUAUACAUGCAGUGUAUACAAAUACUACGCACACUGUACCAUGAGUGUAAACUUAUCCAUGCUGAUUUUAGUGAAUUUAAUUUAUUGUAUCAUGAAGGAAAUUUGUAUGUUAUAGAUGUAUCACAGUCAGUUGAACAUGAUCAUCCACAUGCCUUGGAAUUCUUACGUAAAGAUUGUACUAAUGUUACAGAAUACUUUAAGAAGAAGGGUGUGAGCACAUUAACAGUAAAAGAAUUAUUUGAUUUUGUGACCGAUAUUUCAAUAACAGAUGAUAACUUAGAUGACUACUUGGACAAAUGUAUGAUGAUAACGUCUAAUAGAACCAUAGAUGAUGUCACUGAACAAGACAAAAUUGACGAACAGGUAUUUAAGAAUGCAUACAUCCCUAGAACACUGGAUGCUGUUAUAGAUUUUGAGAGGGAUUUUUACAAGGCAAAGAAAGGGGACACUAAUGAGUUUCUGUACAGUAAGAUAUCGGGAUUAAAAACAGAUUUGUCAGGACCCCAACAUGUGCCAACUUUACUUGAAGACUCAAAACAAGAGCAGAAUAACGAUAUUGAACUAACAUCUGGUGUGUGUGAACACACAGUAGAGGAAAUAAAUGACAAUGAAGGGAGUGAUUGUGGGAAUGAAAGUGAUGAUUCUGAUUCAACUGAUGAUGAGGAAGAUGAUGAGGAAAACUGUAAAGGCACCAUAACACGACCCAGAGACGAAUCUCCAAAUUCAAAGAAGGAAAGGAAACGCAUGGUGAAAGAGGCACAAAAAGAAAAAAGACAAAAUAAGAUGCCAAAGCAUGUAAAGAAAAGGAAAGAGAAGCUUGCAAAGCAAGGAAAGAAAAAAUGAUAAAAAUUGUUUGCAUCUUUCCAGUGAUAUUAUUGUAUAAUAACAUGUAAAAAGUUGUUUAAAUAAAUGGAUUAAACUAUA